CGAUCUCGAUCAAGUUCUCCGCGCUUUUCAAGUCGUUGACAGAACGUGCAGUCAUUUUAUUGCUUUUCAAUGGUGAAUCUUUAAUCUACCCCGGAAAAAAAACGAUGGAUUUAAACGCCGAGCAGCAAAUUUGCCUCUUCGACCGACUCCCGAAUGAGGUUUUGCGGCUUAUUUUCCGGCAGCUAAAGUUCGCCGAUUUGCUACAGCUGUCUACGGUGUGUCACCGGUGGAACCAGGUCAUCUUUCACCACUGCAACGACAGCAUUCUGUUCAAGCCGGAGCGAUGUGACAAUCUUUGCGAAGAUCGCAGUUACAAGCACCUUGAUUUGAGCGUUUGCGGCUUUCCGGUGCCUUCAAAAGCCCACCCGGAGUACUGGUUUGAGGAAACGAUGCUGGAAAAGCUGGCCAGAUGGCAGGCCACGAGUGUGACCAUGUGUCAACACGAUGCCCAUAUCGAACAGCUGUUUCGGAUCCUGUCCCACUUCCCGCGGAUCGAUUCGCUCAACUGGUGCAUCUGCAGCAAGAUGCAAUCGUGCAUGAUGACGCACAAGCGGUUCCUGGCUAUGUUAGAAAAUCACAUGCCGUGCGUGCGUCACCUAUCGAUUCUGUGCAACUUUGUAAACUCGAUCGACCUGUUGAUGGAUUUGGCGCCCAAUCUCGUCGAGCUGCACGUGAUCGUUCCGGGCCGACUGCUGUGCAAGCUGUGCAAGUGCAACCAACUUGGCAACUUGCAAUCGUUAAAACUUGAAGUCGACACUUGCACCCGGCUGGAACGUCUGAAAUCAUUCCGUUUCGAUGAAUUCAUCACGUUUUUGAAAUCCCUCGCCAAACUGCAAAAACUUUCGCUCGGAAUCGACGACCAGACCCUCAUCGCGUCCAUCAUCGGAUCAGGUCUCGACAUCAAGGAGCUGGAAAUCACCAAAAACCGCGAGUGCAACCUGGGGAUCCUGCGCGGCCUCCGAAACCUCGAGGUCUUCCGCACCGACUCCCAGUACAUUCACACGGACAAAAACUUCCAGGACUUUUUCCGCCCGAUGCCGCAAGUGACCGUGGUGGACAUCGACCAUGCCGUCAACGUAGACAUCGAGCGACUCGCGCUCAUGUUCCCCGAUCUGAAGGUGCUCCGGAUGCGGUCCCGCCUCAACUGGUGGAGCAUUAGCCGCGAGCUGUUUAUCGUGUUCUCGAUGCUGCACAACCUGGAGGAACUGUCGCUGCGCGUCGGUUCCAUCUCCAACGGAAUGCUGGAGCUCUUCGAGCUUAAAAAUUUACUCCCGAAGCUGCGCAAAAUCACGCUGGCCGAUUGUGGCGUUGAACCGCCCGAUUUAACCGUGCUCGGAAGCAUCCUGCGGAAGCCGACCCUGCGCAAGCUGCACAUCGAGUCGGACCGGUUGAGGCGCAGCCCGGUGCCAACCUCGUCCUAUAUCAUUCCCGGUGUCAACCCGGUCUGUGAAGUGUACGUGAACGGAGAAUUUGUGCAGCGUUAACUAGUGAUGUGUGUUGUUUUGGUUUCAUGCUUUUUAUGCUGUUCCUAUUGUAAUAUUGUGAUGUAGUCAUGUCUUCAUUUUUGGCGUGAAUCAUGUUCCUUUUUAGGUAAUAAAAUUAUUUUUUGAUUAUUUUUUGU